AUGUCGCAAAGAAAUGGAUUGCCCACCGUCUCAUACUCCCCAACGGAUAUAACUAUACCUCAGUCUAUCUAUGAUAAAAUCCCGAAUCUCGAAGAUUACAAAAAUUUGAAAGAAGCCGAACGAAAGAUUGAUUUACUUAUUGCCAGAAAGGCACUCGAUUUCCAAGCCAUUCAACAAAAGACCAUUCACCCAUUUGAGUACAAGUCAAAUACGGGAUUGUUGAGAGUGUUUGUGUACAAUACUUGUGAGAACCAACCUUGGCAGAAACAGUUGCAACAACAACAACAACAACAACAACAACAGCAACAGCAAACUGAAUAUGUGCCUGAUCCUAAUGCCGAACCAACGUGGACUUUGAGAGUAGAGGGUAAAUUCAUUGGUGACAAUAAAGUUGAAGCUACAGAGUCGAGUAGAUUAAAGUUUAGCACAUUUUUAUCAGCGGCAUCAAUAGAUUUACUUCCCAAUGAACACUAUCCGAACCUAGAGGAAUCACAACAAAAUAUUAUAGAAUGGAGAGAUGAUGGAUCUAAUAAUGCAAUGCGAAAUCCAUCAAUCGAUACAAGCUUUGAUGGUCUCGACGUGAAAAGAAAUGGCCUUCACAAUAUUAAAGUAAAGAUUGCGCUACUACUUAAAAGUUACUCGUCAAAGUUGCAGUUGUCAGAUGAGAUGGCUCAAUUCAUUGGAAAGACAGAGUGCACUCAACAAGAGGCCAUGUACACAAUAUGGAUCUAUGUUUUGUGGAAUAAACUUUUGAAAAACACCGAGGAGUAUAUGCACGUUCCUGCUGUUGAAAAUCACAGUAUGUCUCUGAGCGACAAGUCCGGAGCAGGUGCUGGCGUAGGUGCUGGAGUUGGAGUUGGAGUUGGAGUUGGUGCGGGUGCGGGAGUUGCAGGUACAGGUUCUGGGGAUAUAAACAACGAUUUCUCGCUAACUGUUGCCGAUGACACGUUGUUUGAGUUAUUGAAAGUGCGCGAGUUUACGUUCAAAGACUUGUACAGGCUCAUACAACCACAUUUCAAACCCCGAGAGCCAGUGAUGAUUGAAUAUGAAGUAGAUACGAGAACUUCCAAUACUUUGGGAAACUUGAUUGUGGAUAUCCCAGUGGAAUUGCCAAUCAAUCUUUCGCAAGCGCAGAAGGAAUUAUUAGAGCUUAACAAGAGUGCGUUUGAGACAUUAUCUCAACACGAUGCAAUGAUUGAAAAGCUUAACCAAAAGAUAUCGCUUGCUAUCAUUGCCUUGCGAAACGCUAAUUCAAGGGAAAUAUUUUUCAGUGAAUUAAGCAAGGAUCCAGUUGGAUUCAUACAGAAAUGGUUGGAAACUCAAUCUGAGACAUUGAAGGCAUUAAAGAGUGAUGAAGGAUACGACGAGGAGGUUGUUAGAAGAGCUCAAUAUUUCAUCGACAAUGAAGAUAUGAUUAAAGAGAAAAUCGACCUUUUAUUCGGAGCAAGUAAGUUUUAG